AUGUCGCAAUCAACCUCUUACGAUAACCAAGAAAGACUUACACAAAUGGGAUAUUAUAUGAAUGCUUCUCCGUUUUACGGUAUGUAUCCUGGAAUGCCUACUCCACCUUUACCAUCUUCGACAACACCAACAGCGCAAUUGAUUCCUCCUCCACCGCCUCCUACCCCACCACCUAAAACUCAGGAUGAUCAAUCAAAAGUUGAAUUGCUACCAUCAGCAUCACUUUCAGCAGAAACUUCCACUAGAACCGACGAACAACAACAACCCACAACAGCAACUUUAUCUGUGACAGCAAACAACUCGCAAGCAACGUCGAAUCCUGCUUCAGCUUAUGACACUGAAUAUUAUCAGAAGUGGCUACAAUGGUCAUGUUAUUACCAACAAGCUCAAGCCUACCAGAAUCAACUUUAUCAGUUUGCUGCUCAACAAACGCCUCCAACAAUGUUUAAUGGCAACGCUGCUACAGCUCAACCUCAGCAGCGAUUUCAGCAACCUUCAUCAACUAAUGCUAACGGACCUAACAACAACUUGAAUGUAAAUAAUAACAACAGUGUCCGAGCAAACAUUAGCAAUCUUGGCAAAUUGCAACAGAAUACAUUCAAGGGGAAAAAUCAAUCAUAUCGUCAAAGAUUUAAUAAUUGGAAUAAGAACAAUAACAAUACUGCAGCCCCAAAUCCCUCCCUUCCUUCGUAUAAUAAUGUGCCUCCUCCAUCUAACUUAGCGGUACCGCAGCAACAACCAACUCGAUUCAACACUAAUCAACAACAGCCAAUGGUUCGUUUUCAAAUCGGAGGUUCACAAAAUGGAAAUAUGAACGUUAGUUCUCGACAAAAUUCACCUCAAAUUGGUUCGUUAACAAAUCAUACGCGUCCAGCACGAAAAACACGCUUUUCAUCCCCACCAAAAGGAUUUGAAACAACUCCGGAUGAUGAUAAAAUGGAUACUGUCGAUAUCCAACAAAAACCAAUGAGUGCCAUACAAGCAUUCACAUUAGCGUGUGAUAGAAAAAAUUGGCCAGAAACAUUGAGAAAAUAUUGGCAGUCAAUUGAGAGUGUUUGUUAUACACCACUAUUGCGUUCACAGGCUGAAGAAUGGUUACAAGGCAUUUUGGUCGAAGCUUUUCAAAAAAAUACUGUACAAACGAUAGAUUGGACGAAAAAACCAUUUCCAGAGUUUUUACUUACAGCAUGUCAAAAUCGUUGUAACAAUCAGAACAGUUGGGCACCAUCUUCUGCCGAUAGAAAAAAUGUCUCGAUUGAUUCGACGACAGCAGAUUUAAUUCAAAUUGCUAGAUCGAGCAACACAUCUUCCUCUUCCCCCUCUUUAGAUGGAAAAGUAAAAGAAGAUCUUUCACGUUUGAAUAAAUUAAGACGUUCACAAAAUAAUACAUUGUCGUCAUUGUUGAGUGAAUGUGAGCAAAAUGUAUCGAAUAGCAGCAAAAAUGGAGAGAAACGUCCAUCAACGUCAUCCUCGGACGACUCAACCGAUUCAUAUUCAAGUCGAAAUCGAAAACGUAGUUCAAGUCCAUCGAACACAUCUUUUAACAGUAGUAAUCGUAAACGUACUAAAAAUAUGAAUCGUUAUUCUCAACAGCAACAACGUCGUGCAAAACAACAAAUUAAAAAGAUGCAAGCAACGAUGGAUGGUGGAGAAUCAAAAGAAGAGCUAAGUGAACGAUUAGAAAAACGUCGAAAUCGUUUUAAUAACGAUGAACAGCAACAGUCAGAAAAUACUACCGAACAAGUGUCAUUAAUGAAAACUGAAAAAGAGUUCAAACCGGUCAGUUCAGCAGUUUUUCGACUGGCAUUUGCUUUGUAG